AUGGGCUCUUCAACAAUGCUUCGGGUACUAAUUGUGGGUAACAACCCCAACUUGAUGCUCUAUACAUCCAGGUUCCAACUGGCUAAGAGCGUGGAGCUUUAUCACGUGAGCGAAUCCAAGUCGAACACCUUCACAGUAGAGACCAAGGAGUAUGGUAGUGAUCAGUUCCAAUUGGAGAACCAUUUCACUUCAAUCUCGAACCUUAUAGAGGCGUUUAAACAGUCCAGUGAACACUCUAGCAUUAUAUUUGAUAUGAUUGUACUGAGCGCGGCUUCGCUGCAGGAAAUUUCGUCUUCUGCAUCCCAUUUGAACCCAAUGAUUAAUAUCAAUACUAAACUUUUCCUUGAAAGUAGUGGAUUUGUUCAAUUAGAGCCAUUUGUGAAGAUGUCAUUGGAUUUGCCAAAUUUGAAUAUUUUCAGUAUUACAACCGACUGCGAUAUACGCCAAGUGGGGCCUACUCAGUACAAACAAUUUGGCGAACAGGCCUCUUCAUCAAUAUAUCUUGGUGAAAGUAGUUUUGCAAAACAGCAACAGCAACAACAGCAAAACUCCAAGACUUCUCCAGCAAACUCCUCGUCUUCCCUGGGUCAAAUAGCUACCAAGUACCCAAAGAAUUUGAUCGCACUGUUGGAUACGUUUCAGAGACUCUUUGAGAAGUUGUUUCCUAACGACAAGAUUAGUCUUUGUAAUUAUUCAGCUGCGGAAUUUGUUUCUCAACAAUGGGCUCUUGCGAUCCCAAAAAUUUGCUUCGAACCGCUAUUAAUCUUGUUCGAAGAGACUAUUCCAUCUGAGCUGCAUCAACAUAUUCUGGCUAAACCUUUGAUUUCCGGUCUGGUCACCGAGGUGAUUACUGUUAUGAAAAGUAUGGGCGCAAAAUUGAAUGGUAAUAUGGAGAAUGAAACAAGUUUACUUUCCCAUUGGCAAAGGCAAUUCCCUAACCCUAACGAAACACCAUCGUUGGUUUACCAUUUCGCCAAGAGAACAGCGUCCUUGAACACCGACAUGUUGCUACUUCAACCAAUUUUGUUAGCUGACGACUAUGGUAUCAAAACGCCUUACCUUGAGUUCCUGUACUCUUUAAUGUGCCAGUAUCAAAAGUUGAACGAAGGGAAGUCUAAAUGGUUUACCAGAAUUGAGGACCAACAAGAUGUCAAAUCAAAACUGAAACUGAUGGCGGACGAGAAAAUCAGGUUGAAAGACGAAGUAGCUAACCUGCAGAAAAGUCUACAAGAUAAAGAGGCGCUGACAAGCCAAUUACAAAACGAAAGUCAAGCCUCCAAGAAGCAGGUGCAAGUUUUGCAGAAUCAGCUUGGCUCUUUUAGACAAGAGAUUGCUAAUCUAACGAAGAGACAUGAGAUAGAUAUCCAAAAAAUGAGGGAAGAAAAGAACGUUUUGACCAAUGGCUACCAUCAAAAGCCCGUAGACGGCAAUCACUGGAACGAUCGCGAAGCAGUGGUGCAAGAUCAAUAUGGUCCUACUGGAACUCCCAACUUAAGGGAUAUUGAAGAUGUUGCACUUUAUGGCGUCAAUUACGGAGAUUCUCCUUUGAAAGAGCACCUGCAACAACCAACACCGCCACCAACUUCUGGCUCUCUGAACAGCAGUGAUAGUCAUAGCGGUAGUGGAAGUGGGUUAGAGAAUGAUAAAACUUUGAAAGAACGCGAAUUAGAGAUCCGUAAAAGGGAACUGGAUCUGCAAGAACGUGAAUUGGAACUACAAAGAAGAACUGUACAGCAACAGCAGCCUCACCAACCAAGAUUUGUGAAGGGUCAGAAGCAAUCAGCCAACGCUAUUUCACCCACUUUGGGCAACAGAAAAUCUUCCUUCAACCAUUUGCAACAGGCUUCUAGUGUUCGUCCCAAUAGGUCUAUGCAUGGUGCAGCACCAAUCCAGACAGCAUCAGCUAAUAACUUUGUGGACCCUGUUGCCCCUGUUGGACAUAGACAAAACUCUGUUGUCACGAGCCAGGCAAAUCCCAUGGGACCUGUUCCACUCCAGUCACACCAUCAGUAUUCGAUCAAGCCUACAAGCCGCAAAAACAGAAACAGUAAUAUGCCUAUUAUUGGCAAUGCGUCGAGUCUUGGUUUGAACAAUUUUGGAAGACCUCCUGCGUCAAGUCAAACACGCCUAAACUCGCUUUCGACAGGGAACUUGAAUAUGCCACCUCGUCCUAGACAACAGAGUAAUUUUGGCCUGAAUAACAACGCAAGCAGCUCCAAUCCUAAGCUUAACCUGUCCGACCCUACGAAACCAGGCGCUUUGCCACUCAACGACCAACCCAGUUCUGCAGGAUCUAACUCCCAAACAUUGGAAUUUCAAGCUCAGAGACAGUUCAGUUCCAGUACGACCAUACAAAAUAAUGGUAUGAAUCCAAACAUGUCGAUGAACUCUGUCGUUCACAACCCUAUGAACGAGCAGAAUAACAGCGCACGUCCAAUUCAAGUCUCCACACAGGUAUCAUCGCCUCCGCAGAUCAAUGUCAAUGGGCCCGAAUCCUCUCCAUCUCCAAGCAAUGCUGGAUUUCAGUCAAGCGAUGCCAAUGAUGAUAGCGUUGAGCUCACUGGUGACUCUUCUUCAUCUAACAAAGGCAACAAGAAGGACAAGAAGAAAAAAUUUGGUCUCUUUGGUAAGAAGAGCAAGUCAAAGAAAUGA